CAGUCGCAGCAAGAAAUCCACAGGCCCGCAGCGAGAUGAACCUCUGCCAUUACUUCCCCAGCUCGGGGACACCUCUUGACGACGACGACCUCCUCACCCAAGUCCUACUCUUCCUACCAUCGCCGUCGUCCCUCGGUCAUGCCUCGCUGGUCUGCAAGCGAUGGCACCAACUCAUCUCUGACCCUAGAUUCCACCGACGCUUCUGUGCUUGCCACCAGAAGCCUCCUCUCCUGGGUGUCUUCUCCACGGAUUCUAUUUGCUCCGGCAACAUAUACUUCACUCCUACACCGGAUUCGCCGGACCACACUCCCGCCGUGGCACGACUCGUAGUGUGUCUUGGUAGCGGCAGUGAAAUCCUUGGCUGCCGCCAUGGCCGUCUCCUCGCCAGCAACUGGGCCAGGCACCACUUCUGUGUGUGGGACCCCAUCACCGGUGACCAGCGUCAUGUAACCUUCCCCCAGGCAUUUGAUGGCAGGAGGAAGGUCGUGAUGAACGGGGCACUCAUCUGUGUUGCCCGCGAGCAAAGCCAUGUGCAUGGCAGUUGCUGCUCCGGCCCCUUCCAGGUGGUCUUGCUAGGCCGUACGGCCCGACGCAUUUUCGCGUGCGUCUACUCAUCGGAGACCGGCGCAUGGGGCAAUUGCACCUCCAUAUUGCGGGGGCAUUUCCGGGCUGUUUCUGCCAAUCAUUCCAGUACCCGUGUUGGUAAUUCCAUUUGCUGGUUGCUUACUGGGCAAAGCCUAGCCAUCCUUGAGUUUGACAUGCAUUUGCAGAGACUUGCUGUCAUAGAAGUCCCAUCAGAUGCACUUGACCCUGAUAACUUUAUCCAAGUCUCGAUCAUGCCAGCAGAUGGUGGCGGACUUGGCUUCCUUGUUCUAUCGUACUCGAUCAUCCAAUUAUGGAGAAGGAAGGACACAUGUGAUGGUGUUGCGGAAUGGGUACUCAGAAAUACUAUUGAGAUGAGCAGCACUCUUUCCCUGAGGCCGCAAAGUUUGGUGGAGAACCCCCCACUUAUACUGGGGUUUGCUGAAGAAGAUAAUGUUUUGUUUCUAUUUAUAGAUUUUGAUAUCUUCAUGCUCAAUAUUGGAUCCGUGAAGUUUAAAAAGUUAGCGGAGGAUAUGGGUUACCGCUUGUGCCAUCCAUUCACAAGUUUUUAUAUCCCAGGAAUGGGCAUUGGUAGUGGACAUGGUGGAGUUCAAAUCCAGCACAACGCAUAAAUCAGGUGCCUCAUAAUAAUCCGAAAAAGCAGUCCAGCAUUACUACUAUGCAUGCCUAUGCCAAUGUUGUUCUGAAUUCAACAGCUGUGAAACCUUGCUCUAUUCCUGAUACUUGGAGGAUUUGCUCCGCCCCC